AUGGAGAAAAGAGUACUUACUGACAGUCAAGGUCAUCCAGUAGCUGAUAACUAAAACUCUAUUACAGCUGGAACAAAAGGACCUAUCAUUUUAUCAGAUAUUCAUUUGAUUGAUAAACUUGCUAGAUUCGACAGAGAAAGGAUUCCUGAAAGAGUUGUGCACGCGGUCGGUUCUGGUGCAUAUGGUCAUUUUGAAUUGACAAAAUGUUGUUCUUAAUGGACAAAAGCUUAAUUUUUAAAUGGGCAAGGAAAGAAAACCCCAAUUGUGGUGAGAUUCUCAACAACUCUGGGAGAAAGAGGUUUCCCAGAUACAGACAGAGAUCCCAGAGGAUUCGCUAUUAAAUUUUACACUGAAGAGGGCAUAUUUGAUAUGGUGGGAAACAAUACUCCAUUUUUUUUCAUCAAGGAUCCAAUAAAGUUUCCUGAUGUUAUCCACAGCAGAAAGAGACAUCCUCAAACGAAUUUGAGAGAUCCAAAUAUGUCUUGGGACUUCAUCAGCUUGAAUCCUGAAAGUAUUCAAAACAUCAUGUUUUUAUUCUCUGAUCGUGGACUACCUAGCUGCUACAGACAUAUGGACGGAUUUGGAGCCCAUUCAUUCAGAUGGGUUAAUGCCAAAGGAGAAGCUUUUUUUGUGAAAUAUCAUAUUAAGACUACACAUGGACAUCAGCCUCUUCUUCCAGAAAAAGUCAAAGAAGUUGAGUAUGACUAUCAGCAAAAAGAUUUGUACGAAUGGAUUGCAUCGGGAAAAGAAGUUACAUAUACAUUCAACAUUCAAGUCAUGCCUGAGAAGGAUGCUGAUACCUACAGAUAUGAUGUCAAUGAUAUCACAAAGGUCUGGCCUCACGGAGACUAUCCCAUGAUACCAAUUGGUAAAUUGGUCUUGAACAGAAAUCCUAUUAAUUACUUUGCCGAAGUAGAGUAAGUAGCUUUUAAUCCUGGUAAUGUAGUACCUGGCAUUGAAUUUUCAAAUGACAGAAUUCUGAAUGCUAGAGUAUUCUCCUACCCAGAUGCCUAGAGGUACAGGCUUGGAGUUAACUUUGAUUAAAUUCCGGUUAACUGCCCAAUGCAAGGAAACAACAAGCUCGGCGUGACUCACUACAGUCGUGAUGGAACUAUGAACAUAAAUGGAAAUGGUGGAAAUGGACCAAACUAUGAGCCUAAUUCUCAUGGAGGUCCUGUCGAAGAUCCAAAGUAUGAUUGGUAGACAACUUAGAUUGCAGGACCACUUGCUAGAACAAAGCAUUCAGAUUUAAUUAGAAACAACCCAGACAUUGACUAUGAGCAACCCAGACAACUUUGGGCCAAAGUGAUGACUGACUGGCACAGAUAACAUCUCGUCGAUAAUAUGGUUAAGUCAAUGACAAAAUGCAAAAUUGAUAUCAAACAAAGAAUGAUCAAACUUUGCUACAGAGUUCACCCAGACUUCGGCACAAGCAUUGCCAAGGGGCUUAACAUGCAAGUUGAGGCACCAAAACUUUGA